UCCAAUCCAAUUAGAAAAUCACAUGCCCAAGAUACUUCCGCUUGUGGUUAUACCGGUUCGGCACCAAUUCAUCCGAUCUACCAUCUCUUCCGACUACGGUCGUACGCUAAUUUGCUCUCUCCGAUUCCAGCUCCUCUUCCCCUUAGGCCGGACGCAGCCUACGCCACGCCGUUCGUCUAAUAACCAGAGGGAAUGAGGACUGUGGCUCGUAAGAAAGGAAAGAAGAAGAGUGUCGCGGGAUCAUCAUCUCCAACAAACUUGCCUAUGCAAACCCCCGAUUGUAUAAAGGCUAAACGUAAAAUUAUAAAAAAAUCACUGGUUAAGAAGUCUGCACAAAGAAAAGAAGUGGAGACCAGUUCUCAAGUCAAAGACAGACAGGCGGAGGUGGGGAAUGGGCUUAAUGAUAGCAAACGCGUUAGUGGUCAAAGAGCUGAGGACUGUACAACUUCACAGUCCAUGGGCAAAAAUCUGCAUCAUGUUGAUGAAAAGCCUAAAGAGUUUAAUAAAGGCGUCCAAAAGUCCAAUGUGAAGAAGAAGAAGAAAGGGCAACUUGUAGAUGAAAAACCUGAGUUGAAGCAAGGGAACCAAAAGUCCAAUGAGAAUGAGAACAACGAUGAGCAUCGUGUAGACGAAAAACCUAAAGAGUUGAAGAAGGGGGACCAAAAGUCCAAUGAGAAGAUGAAAAAAAAGGAGGAGGUGGAAUGCUCAUGGUGGAUCAAAGACAUAAAGGAGGAUGUAGAGAAGGAGGGGAUCAAAGAUGGCAAAAGGGAUAGUGGUGGAAGUCAAAGACCUGUGAAGCAUCAAAACGGUCGACGUGAGAACAAGUCUGACCAGCAUAGAGAUGAAAAGCACAACGAGACUAAAAAAGAGGGCAAAAAGUCCCUUGAGGAUGACCCCAAUGGAGGAAUGAUUUUCAUGUGUAGCACAAAAACCAAACCGGAUUGUUUCCACUAUAAUGUGAUGGGUGUUUCGAGGAACAAAGAAGAUGUUGUUAUGCAUAUCAAACCAGGUCUCAAGCUAUUCCUUUACGAUUUUGACCUCAGGCUAUUGUAUGGAAUAUAUGAAGCAUCAUCAGCUGGUGGGAUGAAGCUUGAACCAGAAGCCUUUGGUGGAGCAUUUCCCGCACAGGUGAGGUUCGUGAUAAAGGAGGAUUGCCUACCCCUGCCUGAAAACGUUUUUAAAAAAGCAAUCAAGGAGAAUUAUAAUGAGAGGACACGCAAGUUCAAGACCGAGUUGUCAGUUUCUCAAGUAAAGCAGUUGAUGAGGUUGUUUAGGCCAAUGCCAUCAUUGCACCCAACAUCGAAAUCUUUCGUUCCCGAAUCUGCACAACUGUCUCCUCGUAGGAGGCCAUCCUAUUCUACCCACCACAGCACUCGAAAUGACGUGCCGCAUGACUCCCCACUUUUUCUUACUGAAAAGGAAUACAGAAGCUAUGGUCUUCAACAUGGUAGACAACCUGUGCUGAUCAACACUGUUUCCCAUGCUGACCACCGUAUGGAUCAUUACAGAUCUGAUGAAGGAAGGAGUGAACGUGGUUUCCAUGAUCCUCCAUACUUUCCGGAACAUGUUGACCGCAGGUCGGAUCAAUAUCAACCGGAAGAACAAAGGGAGGAGACAUCACACAAGGAAAUACCCAAUUCAUACUUCCCAGAUGAAAAGGAGUAUCGGAAUUUCGGGCUCAAGGGCCGUCAGGAACUGGCCACUAAUGUGCAGCAUCCUUCCAUAGGAAGGGAUGAUUCAACAAUGGAUCUUGGGGUGCAAGACCAUGCCCCCUCAUACAGAUGCAACCCCUACAAUGACAGCACCACAUCUCUUGUUAAUCGGUACCUAUCUUUGCCAAGGAAGUUGUCGGAGCCAAUGGAAUCAUAUUCUCUUACAGGAAGAGACUCUUAUGCGCCCGAAACUAACUAUGGACGGGAGACAGGAGGGAAUUCAGGCAGGGAGAGAGAGAAUCUAAACUCACCGUACUCUAGCUAUGUACAGGGGACUGGGGGUAAUCCAGCUAGAGGGGUUAUUGGUGAGAGAGAUAAUCAACCUUCUCCAUACUCUAACUAUGUGAGGGGGACUGAAAGUAAUCCAGGCAGAGGACCGACUGGAGAGAGAGAUUAUAUACAUCCUCCAUAUGCUCCCAAUGCACCUGUAAACCUUGGCGAAAGAUACCACCACUAUAUGGGCAGAACUCCUGAGUAUCCAUCUUCUUCACCAAUGCUAUUGCGCCAUCCCUAUGAUGGUGGUGGUUCUUCAUCUCUGUCACGCUACUGAACCUCCUCAGCCUAUGCAUCUCUUGAAUGUUAUAUUUUUUUAAUUAAAUGUCUAACAAGCUGAUUAUGAACUCCGGGGGUUCAUAUAAAAGAUUUAGUUGCCAGAACUUUGUAUUAGGUAUAUUUCUUCUUGGUGAGAAACAGAAACCCCAUUCACAUAUGCAUUGAUCUGAAGAAAUUACUAUUAUGAAGCAAAAGAGUGUCUAUGAGUUUGCUGUUGGUAAGGCGGCUGAGGGUUAACUGUAAGUCUGUGACAGUAAGUGGCUAUAUGAGGUCAGCUGUCUUUUAUUUUCAUCAAUCGUGUGUAACUUGUAACCUACCAUUAUGUUCAAUGACACUGUUUUAUACCAUAUAUUUAUUUAUAUUUCCCCCCUUUUUAUGUGUAUUUAGACAUUGUGUUACUCUGAAUGGUCUGCAAGGUUAUGAGUUUUUAAUUGACUAAUUUGCGC